AAGUUGAAGCUUUGAUUUACGAACCAAACUUUGAGUCUUUGAAAUAAACAAUUUUCUAUCUUAUUUUGUUGCGGUUAUAAUUAUUAAGAGAUUAAAUGAAUCAGGUGUGAGGUGUGCUAUUAUAUAAUAUGUAAAUGCAAGUGGGGGUAGAAUAUAAAGAAUUUUAUAAACAUACAAGUAGAAUAUUAUUUCUAUAACACUGAGCGAGCAGUGUUAUUCAAAAUGAAUACAGAAAAGUUAAGUGGCGAAGAAGUGCCUUAUAAGUUUUCAGAAUGGUUGUUGGCAAUGGGAUGUCCUGCUGAAAAAGUACCAUCUAUCGAAAAGAUAUCUCAGAUGUGCCGUGGCCAAUAUUACAUGGUAUGGCGUAGUUUAAUUGAACAUGUGCAAUCAAAACAAAUUAUUCGUCAGAGAAGAUUGCAAGUUUUCAUAGACGACAUUACCAAGUGCAAAAAGAGGAGCCCAUUCAAUGAGAGGAAUCAAAGUGUGGUGGAACCUCUUGAGCUGACUCUAUGGAACCAACAAGUGGAAGUAAGGAAGAAGGUUAAUGAGGCGGAGGCAAGAGUGAAACAAGCACAUAGUGAUUUGAACAAUCUGAUGAAUAAGAUAUCUAGUAAAUUGGCUGAAAGGAAUCUAUCACAGCAAAGAGUGAAAGACUUGCAGAGACGGGCUUGGCUGUUACAGCAGAUAUAUGAAGAUUUGGAAUGUAAGAAGAAAAACUUGAAUGAAACAAAACAUAUUGCUGAUUCCAUUUGUUUUAUUGGCGGUGAAGAUGAGGUUCAGAAUAAAUUGGAAAAAUGCAUGUCCUUAUUGAAAAGGAACAGUCCAAUGAAAGGAAACUCCAAUACAUCUGUGAUGUCAACCAAUGAAUCGGAAUCAGAGGAAACAAUAGCGUCGCUAGUGAAGUGCCGCGGCGACGCUCUAUGGACGCAACUGUACGAGAAGCGGGCGGCGCUUGUUUCACAGUUGACGAGCGUUAACACUAAACAUGAGGGGAAUUCGGUUAAACAUAAGAACACAUCACAAUCAGUACUAACGCACACUGCAGCGCUACGCAGCAGUUUAGCGCUGGAGAGUGUGAAGAACCAACUGCUUAUUAAACGGGCGAGAGCCAAGCUGACAGCGAGUAUUGAAAUGCUUGAUAAUUGCCUAGCAGGCGAGGCCUGUGAACUUCUAGUACUACGUUGUGAACGAGCUCGUUCAGAAGCAAGAGUUAAUACACUUAGACUACUCCUAGACGAUCUUAUAUCUAGAUCGGGCGUGUUUAGAGCACACGGCGACGACACGACCGACGACAGUCGUACGACUAUCCGACUUAUCGUUAGCAUUGAUAAGGAUAUUGAGAACACAAGGGACGAAAUAAAGAGAAUGAAAGAAUUUUUAUCUAUGACUGAGCGCAAAAUAACUAACGUGAAGGAAUGUUUGCUCACUGUGUUCAACGGGUUUAAUAGUGACGGCGCUAUGGAGGAUAGGUUUAAAGGAAUACAAUUAGAUUUCCCACAAGAAUCGAUAUCGACAUUACGCAAAUUUUUCACGGAGAGAUGUGAUAAAGCAAGCAACAAAAAUAACUUGAGCAUGAGUCUUGAUGUCUCUGAGACAUCUUUUGUAGAUGUUUCAGAGAAUAAUCCAAAAUUCACGGAUGAGUUGCGAGUUUACUUGAAGAAGUUUAACCUCGAGAAAAACAGGAAAAUCGUUUUGGAAAGCGGAGAUAAAUUAUGGAUUUUCGAAACGUUACAAUCGAGUUUAUCGCAUUUACAAGACACGUGGUUGGAGAGAGAUCUCACGCCCGCAAUUUGUCCGUCUUCUAACUUGAAACAUAAUGUACUAAUGAUGAUUUCGUAUGUACAACAAAAAGAGCAAUUGAAUGCAGUACUAAAAUCGUUGAGUAGCGGAGAAAUCCGGAAUAUAGAUAUAGAUAUCACCGACAAAACAGAGGCUGAAGAGAAAAACAUAGACAACAUAAAGAAACAAAUAGCAGAAAACAUGGCGGUCUUGCAAAGGACGAAAAAGAAUUUGGAAAUAGGACAAGGGAAUCUUAAAUUUUGGUCUGAUAACGAAAUGAAGAAAUAUGUUUCUGCAAAUAGAACGAUAGAUGGAAAAUCGUUAAGAGAUUAUGAGACAUUUUAUAUAGAAGCUGUUAAUUUACAUGCGUAAUAAAUAAUAAUAAUUA